AUGGUAAGUAAGUCUGGCACUGAUGUGUUUUACGUUACUUGUAAGGAUGAAAAUUGUAAAUGGAGAUUAAGGGGGAAUAAGAAGGCACUUUGUGACAUGUUUGAGGUUAUUGUGUUUCACAACGAACACACAUGUAACUUGGAUUCUAGACAUUCUGAUCACCGGCAAACAGCACCGUGGGUCAUUGGUCACAUUAUUAAGAACAAGUACACAUCAGAUGGAUCUAACUACAAGGCAAAAGACAUACAGAGGGAUAUGUUUGAUGAAUAUGGCAUCAAGAUGAGUUAUGAGAAAGCUUGGAGAUGUAGAGAGAAGGCAGUUAUGUACAAGAGGGGUACUCCAGCAGAAUCUUAUACGAAAUUAUAUGGUUACUUCUACAUGCUAGAACAGAAGAAUCCAAGCACUAUUACUGACAUUGUCAGCGAGGAUAACCGGUUCAAUAUCGACGGAACAUUCUUGAAGACGAAGUAUGGAGGAACACUGUUAGUUGCUGUUGCGUACGAUGCAAACAACCAAUUGUUUCCGGUAGCCUUUGCAAUUGUUGACAGUGAGAAUCAUGACUCUUGGAAGUAUUUCUUGCGGAAGUUGAAGGAAGCCAUUGGUGAGGUUGAAAAUCUUAUGUUCAUAUCGGAUAGGCAUCAAAGCAUUGAACAUGCUGUUGAUGUUGUUUUCCCAGAAGCAUGCCACUGUGCAUGCUUCAAGCAUAUUACUAUGAAUGUCGUUCACAAGUUUAAGACUGAUGUAUGCAACCAGCAAAUAUGGCUUGCAGCUUACGCAUGGAACAAGACGGAAUGUGAUAGGCAUUUUGAGGUGCUGAAACAGAUGGACCCUGCCAUUGCUACAUACGUCGAGCAAAUAGGGUUUGAAAAGUGGGCUCGUCUUUAUUGUCCAGGCGAUCGGUACAACAUAAUGACAAGCAACGCUGCCGAAAGCUUCAACAAGGUGACAAAAGAAUUCAGAAAAUAUCCAGUAACUAUUUUGGUUGACUUCAUCAGGUUCACACUUCAAAAUUGGUUUGCUUCUCGUCUCGAAAAGGCUAGUAAGUGCGCUACUCCUUUGGCUACUACUUUUGAAAAUGAUUUAAAGGAUCAACAUAAAGAUGGUAUGUUCAGGAGUGUCCUUCGUAAUGGUGCCCAAUUGUUCAACGUUGGUACGAGUCCUCAAGGUGAGAGAGGUGGUGAUGUGAACUUAGUGGAGAGAACAUGCACUUGCGGACUUUUCCAAACGCUCAAAAUCCCUUGUCCCCAUGCAUGUGCCGCAGCAGUUAGUCAGAAUGUGAGCGUGUACACACUUUGCUCUCCAUAUUACACUAAAGAAACGUGGAAGAAGAUCUACGAUGCCACAAUUAAUAUUGUUGGCGAGGAGGAUGAGUGGGUACUACCAGAACAUAUCAAGAACAUAAGAAUUGGGGUACCAGUGGAGAAAAAACCAGUAGGUCGGCCUAGGAAGAGCAAUGCAGGUAGAAGACCGACGAAGCGUCGACCGUCUAGUGGUCAGGUGGUAGUGGAACCUCGUCAUUGUUCGCUAUGUCACGGUUCAGGGCACAACAGAGCUACAUGCAAAGCUCGAGUUUGA